AUGCCGGAGCAGAAAUAUUUGUGCACCGCUAAGGAGUGUACGAAAAAAUUCGCUUCUAUCGGGGAUUGGCGUAUCCACGUGGAAGACUAUUCCUUCGAUGCCGGGCGCAUAUGUCUCUACGAUAGCUGCGGUUUAUUCAUCCCAGCCAGCUCCAAUGAGUCGCUUGCCCAUGGGUCUCAUCUCUACCUCAAGCAUCAUGUCGAACCGUGCCGCACGGAAGAACUGAGAAAAGCCUUUAUCGAUAAGAACUUUUGCUCUGCUCCGGAGGGAAGGAUGUGGUGCUCUCUUUGUCGCAAAUUGCUGGAAUUGGACAACCGUGCGGAGGUCCUCGACCAUUUCCAAGGGCAUAUCCGAGAUGGAUCUCAAUUCAAGAUCCCUGGGCAAACGAAAUAUCCAGACACCAACCGAGCGAGGCAGGCAGAAGUUGAACCAUCGGCCAGAUCCGCAAACGAAGGCAAAGAUGAUGUUGUCGAUCUUACUGGGCGCGGAAUUCUUGCGUGCCAUUCUCGCACAGGAGACUUCCCCUUCUUAAGUGGGUGCUACGUCUACUCCAAGGUCAAGUUAUUACAGCCCGUUGUCCCAAAUCCAACUUCACCUGGUCAACAUGCCGUCGAGGACACGAACUGCAACCAACUCGCCCUGUAUCGCAUCCUAUUGCAAGUCUCCAAGCUACCCUAUACAUGUCCUCUGUGCCUCCACGGGUAUAGUCGUUAUGAUAACCUCUACGAGCACUUCAAAACCACGAAGGAAGCUCAGCACAUGGCGCUGAAGAACCUGUGGUUUCGAAGUAAAUGCCCAGUUUGCAACGAACCCGUGUACCAAGUGUUGCAACAUCUGGCACAGCGACACCCGGUGAAUUACCAGAGUCUGAUGAAGCAAACCCUGCGCUUACGACACGAAGUGAAUACCACAAUUCCCAGAUCGCCAGCGUGUUUCGAGCAUAUAUAUCUUUUCCCUCUUAGGCGACUGGACCGUGUUGUCAGCUUACCGACGAAAAAGCAGAAACGGAAGCCACGGAGGCGGGAUGCCAUCAGCGAAAUGGCGGGAGACAUUGGAAGUGGAUCAACAUCUCUGAAGAGGCGACAGACAGAAAAUCUCGCCCUACGAGUUGACGUCGCGAACGAUCAAUGCUCUCGCCUAGAUGGGGUUGCUCCUUCUUUUCAUACAUCGGGGCUCCCUGGUCAUCGUACGGUUCAGCUAGAUGCGGCUCACCCUCCUUCAGUGGGAAACACUUUGGGCCAUGAGUUCUACGGAGAAAGCAACCUAGUGCAGAGCGCGCUUGCCGGCCAAACCCAUUCAUUGUCCUUCCCAUCCCCGGCGCCUCUUCCCCAAGACAUUCAAGAACCGAGAAUUGAUCUGUCUGCUCGUGGUUACAUGUCGCAUCUAAGUACAGAAUAUCAGGUACCAUGGGAGACGUUUGUUUCCAUGGACAUUCAUCAAGAAGACACUGGGGAUGGCUGGUAG